AUGAUCAUUCAGUCCACCUUGAAGGAUAGGAUAAGGGAAGCCUUGCCAAAAGAUACAGAAUUUGAGAAAGUCCUAAAUUUGGUGAAGGUUGGUCAUGUGGAGGAGUUUGAGCUCGAUGAGGAUGAGCUACUACGGUAUAGAGGCAAAAUUUAUAUCCCUAAUGUUGGAGAUUUGAGGAAGGACAUCCUUCAGGAAGCUCACUAUUCAAGUUAUACAAUUCACCCAGGUAGUAAUAAGAUGUACCAAGAUUUGAAGGAAUAUUUUUGGUGGCCAGGGAUGAAAAAAAGUGUAGCAGAAAUGGUGGCUAAGUGUACAGUUUGCCAGAUGGUUAAGGUGACCGAUCCAUCACAGUGGGGGCAUCAGCUGGUAUCAGAGCCAAAACCUGGAGACGGCAAUGGCAGACAGAGGGAAGGAGCCGGUUGCAGAGACGGCAAAUGGGAAUCACACAUUCCAUUGAUUGAAUUUGCUUAUAACAAUAGUUUUCAGGCAAGUAUAGGCAUGGCUCCGUAUGAGGCUUUGUAUGGAAGGAGGUGUAGAACUCCUUUAUGUUGGGCUGAGACAGGAGAAAGAAAGAUCAUUGGAGCUGAUUUAGUAGAUGAUGCUACUGAAAAGAUAAGACUGAUUCGUGAUAGACUGAAGGCUGUGCAAGAUGGACAGAAGAAGUACUACGAUGCCAAACAUAGAUUUGUUGAGUUUGAGGUUGGAGAGUUUGUAUUCCUCAAGGUUAGUCCUAUGAAGGGUGUAAAGAGAUUUGGCAAGAUUGGGAAAUUGAGUCCAAGGUAUGUUGGCCCUUUUGAGAUUUCAGAGAGAGUUGGAAGUGUGGCUUACAGAUUGAUUUUGCUAUCUCACAUGAGUGGAGUAUAUAAUGUAUUCCACAUCUCUUCCUUGAGGAAAUACAUUUCAGAUGAAGCCCUGAAGAAAAGUACUGAAGCAAUAGACAUCCAACCAGAUCUGACAUUUGUAGAAGAACUUGAGAAGAUCAUAGAUUAUGAUGUUAAGCAGCUUUGUAGUAGAGAAAUUCCUUAUGUCAAAGUUAUGUGGAAGCAUGGAACUGAGAAAGAUGCUACUUGGGAGAAGAAAUCAAAGAUGAGGGAGAGCUACCCUCACUUAUUUGUCUAA